CUGGGCAAGGGCGGCUUCGCCAAGUGCUACGAGAUCACGGAGCUGGAGAGCAAGGAGGUGUUCGCGGGCAAGAUCGUGCCCAAGGCGCUGCUGGCCAAGCCGCACCAGAAGGAGAAGAUGUCCAUGGAGAUCGCCAUCCACCGCAGCCUGGCGCACCGCCACGUCGUCGGCUUCCAGGGCUUCUUCGAGGACAGCGACUUCGUCUUCGUCGUGCUCGAGCUCUGCCGCCGCCGGUCGCUGCUGGAGCUGCACAAGCGGAGGAAGGCGCUGACGGAGCCUGAGGCGCGGUACUACCUGCGGCAAACCAUCCUGGGCUGCCAGUACCUGCACAGCAACCGCGUGAUUCACCGCGACCUCAAGCUGGGCAACCUGUUCCUCAACGAUGACAUGGAGGUGAAAAUAGGUGACUUUGGGCUGGCGACCAGGGUAGAGUACGACGGGGAGCGCAAGAAGACCCUGUGUGGGACACCGAACUACAUCGCACCCGAAGUGCUGGGCAAGAAGGGGCACAGCUUUGAAGUCGACAUCUGGUCCAUCGGCUGCAUCAUGUACACCCUGCUAGUGGGGAAGCCGCCAUUCGAAACCUCCUGCCUAAAAGAGACGUACAUCCGUAUCAAGAAGAACGAGUACACCAUCCCAAAGCACAUCAACCCGGUAGCUGCUAGCCUCAUCCAGAAGAUGCUGAGGUCAGACCCUGCCACCCGCCCCACCAUUGACGAGUUGCUGAAUGAUGAGUUCUUCACGUCGGGUUACAUCCCUGCCCGCCUGCCCACCACCUGUCUCACUGUCCCGCCGAGGUUUUCCAUCACUCCCACUGCCCUCGACGCAAACGGGCGGAAGCCCCUUACUGCACUUAACAAAGGACUAGACAGCCCUGCGCUGGAGAAGGUGCCUGAAAAGGAAGAAGAAGCGAUGCCGCGGGAGCUGGGAGAUGCUGUCGACUGCCACCUUGCUGACAUGUUGCAGCAGCUGACUACAGUUAAUGCAGCCAAGCCCUCGGAGAGGGUGUUGGUGAGACAAGAGGAGGCCGAGGAUCCCGCCUGCAUUCCCAUUUUCUGGGUUAGCAAAUGGGUGGACUACUCGGAUAAGUAUGGAUUAGGCUACCAGCUGUGCGACAACAGCGUCGGGGUCCUCUUCAAUGACUCCACCCGCCUCAUCAUGUACAACGACGGGGACAGCCUGCAGUACAUCGAGCAGAACAGCUCUGAGUCCUACUUCACCGUGAGAUCCUAUCCAUCCGCAUUGACCAAGAAGAUAACGCUGCUGAAAUACUUCCGGAACUACAUGAGUGAGCACCUGCUGAAGGCUGGGGCAAACAUCACGCCCCGUGAGGGAGACGAGCUCGCUCGCUUGCCCUACCUGCGCGCCUGGUUCCGGACCCGCAGUGCCAUCAUCCUGCACCUGAGCAACGGCACUGUGCAGAUCAACUUCUUCCAGGACCACACCAAGAUCAUCUUGUGUCCCUUGAUGGCAGCCGUCGCCUACAUCGAUGAGAAGCGGGACUUCCGCACCUACAAGCUCAGCCUGAUUGAGGAGCACGGCUGCUGCAAGGAGCUGGCCAGCCGCCUGCGCUACGCCCGCACCAUGGUGGAGAAGCUCCUCACUUCCAAGUCGGGCUCGGCCCGCACAAAGACUUGCGCUUAGGGCCUCACGCUGUGGACUCCACAUCUGGGCCAACACCAAGGCCUCUGAGGGGGGUGGGACUUUGCUCCGGCAGCCAGACUAUGGGGGUGGGAGCCGGCAGCUCAGGGCUCCGUAACUACCCAACGGCUCGGCUCUGCUCCCCGUCAGCCACUCAGCUUCUAUUAAAUGUCUAGUUCUUCCUAAUUUGCAACCCCGACUCCUCCUGUACUCUCCGAGAGCAGCCUGCUCCUUCCCUGCCCCAUGCAGAGGGCAGGGCGGAGGCAUCAUGUAAUUUAUUUUGUUUCUGGGCUCCCCCCCCCCAUGGUGCUUGUCGGGUGUUCAAGGCUCGCACGGGCGGGGUCCGAGCAGAGCAAUCGGCUUUUUAACGUUGGAGCUAGUCUGCCUCCCAUUAAACUACUUUUGUAUAUGA